AUGUCAGAUCGUAAAGUGCCCCCUUACAUUCUUCAGGAACUACCAGAUAUUACAGAAUGUGUGAAUUUUCCCAUAAAAAAUAUUCAACGCAUAAAGUACACAUGCUUUGAUAUAUCAAAAUCUUUAAUUGCAUUUGGAGCAACUAGCGGUGGCAUUUACGUAUUUAACAGAUGGCCUUGUGAAUUUAUACAACUUAUACCAAAUAAGGAUGGACCGAUUACUAGACUUGCUAUAUCUACCAAUGAGAAACAUAUCGGUUUUGCUAAUGGCAAAGGGAUGGUCACCGUAACAGAAUGUGACCAAACAUUAAGUAGAAAUUAUUCAACAGCUUCAUCCAAGGAACAUUUGGGUAAUGAAGUAACAUCCAUGAUAUGGAGUGGUUGUAUGCUCUUCACUGGUGAUGAUGUUGGAAAAAUAUCUAUUUUACAGCUAAACAGCUUUAUUACAAAAACUAUGUUCCAUGGCUCGUCUCAAACCAUUAUGAGUUUGGAUUCUCGAAUAUGUCAACUAGAUACAAGGGAUAGUAUGUUAUUAGUCUCAACAUUGACUAGAUGUUACAUUUGCAAUACAUCCCAAGAACAGUAUAGGCAAAUUGGACAGAAAUUGCGGGAUGGUGAAUUUGGGGCCUGUUUUGUUAUCACAGAGAAAUCUAUAACCAAUGGAAAGGCAGAAACUAACUUAGAAAUAACUGAAGUCAAGAAAUACAAUAUAGUCGACGAUGCCCAGUUUCUUGUCGGUGAUGAAUAUUCGAAUACGCUCAUGUACUGCGCAAGACCAUCGUCUAGAAUAUGGGAAGCCACAGUCGAUGGUAUGGUCAGACGGACACACCAAUUCAAACAAGUGCUAGCUAAACCGCCAAUGAAAAUAAUAAAUGUUGAGUCGUACGAAAAUGAAAAUGUGGUGAUCGAAAAUGAAAAGAAUACAUGCGAAGGACAAUCAGUCAAUUUCUCAAGAAUACACUCCAUGAAUGGUUCUGUAUUUUCAUUCAACAAGAAGGCAUUGUACUUUUUGAAUAUUGAUAAUGUUGAUGACACGGUUUGGUAUUCAUACGAUGACAUAAUUGAUUGCAGAAUUUAUCAUGACAUGUUAUAUGUAUGGCGAUCAAAUGGAUCCUUUGUUAGUCUGAAAUUUAUGAAAAUAGACAAAUUCCUAGUCAAAUGCUAUAUCGAUGAGAAGUAUGUACUGUGUGCGGAAUUGUGUGCCUUGUACAAGGAAUAUUUGCUGGGAAACAAUAUAUCAAUAAAAAUGCACAUUUUAGUAGGUUUAAGAGAUAAGUUAAAGAAUAACGGCCUGCUAUCGAGCGUAGAAGAAGUGUUAAUAAAGGUAGAAAAACUCAAAUCUAGCGAAGCGACGCAGUUGAAGUCUGGUAUAUAUGUGGUUGAUAACUCAUUCCAUACACAAUCAUUAUUAGACGAAGAUUUUGAUGCAAAACAUAAUGAUGAUAAUCUCUUCAAUACUCUGUCCCCAGAAGCGCUUCAAGCUUUAAAGGGAUUAGGUGUCACUGUGUCAGGCAAGUUUAAUUCCAGUAAGAAAAUUCUAAAGGAAAAAUGGGAAGAUUUUGAAGAGAAAAUGAAAAAUUUCAGCGACAGGAAUCAGGAUUUAUCCCCAAUCGGACAGGAUAAGGAGAAUACUCCUAAGUGGAUCACUCGGGAUGAAUACCCCGAUGACACCCCUAUUAUUAACGAUGAGAUCAUAUUUAAAGAAUCUAGUCAAGACAUUGAAAUAGACAAUAAUUUGCAAAGCAAAGAGGAUAAGUUUUGUAAAUUGCUAUACCAAUACUCCAGGUUAAGUCUAGUCAAUAAGGAAACGAAUUUAGCCUCAAUUAUUGAGGACUAUAGCUGUGAUAUUAAUGAGAUACACGAACUAAUGCUUUUGUUAGAACAAUACUGCAUCUCAGUGGGGGCAUUGGACGAUUCAAAAUUUGUGCCGAAUAACAUUUUCUUAACAUAUCUCAAUAUGUGUUCGAGGAGAAGUGAAUUAUUGGACUCGACAAUAAAAAAUGAGAUCCUGUAUAAGUAUUUUGUGAACUCUUGCAUAUCAGUGAACGUUAAGACUCAAAAGUUAAUGAAUAUAGGAUGUGAGUGCGGUUUCCCACUGCCAUACAUACGGACAAGUCAAAUGCCAGUAUUUUCUGAACUCAUUGAUGAAUUCAUUGAAAGGCAGUGGUCUAAUCAGACAAAGGAGCAGUGUUACGAGAUGUGCAAACGGAUGCCUUAUUUAUGGCGAAAGAUUUUGUACUUGAGACGGAAUGAGGAUUUGCUGCAUGUGCUGCGGAUAUUGCUGCAAAUGCUGGACGAAAAUCUCUUGCAUUCCUUCCUACCGCAGUUUACUUUGGAUACUUGGGACCGGGCUAUACAACUGUAUGCCACCCUACAUGCGAACAUAUGUUUGAAUUGUAAUAAGAAGUUUGAUAAUAUAUCUGUUAAGGACAUGUUAAGUUGGGACGACUUAGGCUCGUUGAUAAUUAAGUCUAUCGGAGGGAAGCACGCAAUUAAAAUAAUGAAGAAGCACGGAAAUUUAAUAGAUCGUGGUUCUCUCACUAUGAAGUUUUAUCAUACAUGUUUGUUGGCGUGUUUGUAUGAGAAGUAUGACGUCACAAUCACUAUCGUGUUAGUGGACGCUUUGUAUAGUGCAUAUGAAUUUGAUGAGUCACGACUAGAGGUCUGCAAGAUGUUACGACAUUCGUCAAACGGUCAAAUCUACAACACAUCUCUACCACUUAUAGUCGCAGCUACUUCACAAUCCUGGGGCCUAAAACACGUUAACGAUGAAAUAAAACUUAGCAAUACUCAAAUUAACAUAGAUAACGUUUUAACAAUAAUGGCGGAAACACAAAUUGCACUAGAUUGUUCUCUGUGUGGGUUGCCAUUACAAAACGAGUUUUUAAUCAAAGAUGGCGGACUUUGGGUUUUUAAGUGUGGUCACACUUUUCAUGGCGCUUGUCUCAUUUUGAAUAGGGUCAAAUUAUGUCCAUCUUGUGUCGUUGAUGUUUUGUGA